AUUUGUAUAGAAAUUUACCGACUGAACAAUUGUGUUUAGCUUUGUGCCUCGUUGAUUCUCAAGGAGUCACGCACGCUAAUUCUGGGUGCUAAAUUAUUCUUCUUGCUGAACAAGUUGGAGUUCUUUUCCAGGCUUACCUUGAGAAAUGGACAACAAUCUUUCUGGAGAAGACAAUGACAACAUUGACUGGGAUACUGAAGAUGAGUUAGAAAUACAAGAAAUACAGGACACAACAUUUUCCUCAUACACGGAUUUAAGAACUACAGGACAGCACGCUAUUAGUUGUGGUGGGGAGGCAAGCUCAUCAUCAGUAUCCUCCAAGUCCAAGUUCAUUCAGCAGUUUGUAGUGAUGGGAUUUCGUGAAGAAUCUAUUGCAAAAGCAAUAGAGCAAAAUGGAGAAAAUGAAGGUUUGGUGCUGGAUGCUCUUUUGACAUUGAAGGCCCUUGAAGACUCUCCUGAAGAACAGCCUAAUACUAGCUCUCAGCUGGAGUCCCGCAUUAGUUCCGAUGAUAGCUCUUCUGAAUACAACGAGAACUUUCUGGAUGAUGAUUAUGAGGAAGAUAGUUGGUCCUCAGACUCGGACACUAUAAAUUCUGCAAAACAAUGCUACUUGAAAGACGAGAGCAGUUCUUUGUCUGAAAAAGAGCAACUGCUGGUAAAUAUGGGAUACCCAGUGGAGGAGGCUUCCAUAGCAAUGGAGAGAUGUGGUCCAGGAGCUUCGCUUGUUGAAUUGACAGAUUUCAUCUACGCUGCUCAAAUGGCAAGAGAAGAAGAUGCCUAUCUGCCAGAAGAUGUAAAGCCAAAACUAAAGCAUAUGUUGAAUGGUAGUGGUGGAUCCAUGAAGAGGACGUUGUAUAAUGAAUUACGCAAAAGGAAAAAGCAAAGGGUGAUUUGUGAUGAAGAGACAAUUCGAUUGCCAAAACAUAUGAUUGGAUACGGUAUUCCUACCGAAUCAGUUUCAUCAAUGGUCAAAAGAACUCUUCCGGAGCAAGCUAUUGGGCCCCCAUUUUUCUAUUAUGAAAACGUUGCUCUAGCUCCGAAGGGUGUGUGGGACACCAUUUCCAGAUUCUUGUAUGAUAUUGAGCCUGAGUUUGUUGACUCAAAAUAUUUUUGUGCCACUGCAAGAAAAAGGGGAUAUGUUCAUAAUCUGCCCGUUGAAAAUAGAUUUCCUUUGCUUCCACUUCCCCCAUGUACCAUUCAUGAAGCAUUUCCCCUGACAAAGAAAUGGUGGCCAUCUUGGGAUACACGAACACAGUUAAAUUGUUUGCAAACAUCCAUUGCAAGUGCAAGAUUGACUGAUAGAAUCAGGAAAGCUAUGGAGGACUUUGAUGGUGAGCCACCUAUGAGAGUGCAGAAGUAUGUUCUUGAUGAAUGUCGGAAGUGGAAUUUGGUAUGGGUUGGGAGAAACAAAGUUGCUCCUUUGGAGCCUGAUGAAGUUGAAAUGCUAUUAGGGUUUCCAAAGAACCAUACCAGGGGUAUAAGUAGGACCGAUAGAUACAAGUCGCUUGGUAACUCGUUCCAGAUUGAUACAGUGGCAUACCAUUUGUCGGUGUUGAAAGAAAAGUUUCCAGAUGGUAUCAACGUCUUAUCACUCUUCUCUGGAAUUGGCGGUGCUGAAGUUGCUCUUUACCGUCUCGGUAUUCGAUUGAAGAAUGUGAUUUCCGUGGAAAUAUGUGAAGUCAACAGAAAUAUUAUGAGAAGCUGGUGGGAGCAGACUAACCAGAGAGGGAAUCUUAUAGAGUUUGACGAUGUGCAGCAGCUGGAUGGAGAUUGCUUGGAGCGGCUCAUAGAUUCAUAUGGAAGGUUUGAUCUAGUAAUUGGUGGAAGCCCGUGCAACAAUCUUACAGGAAGCAAUAGGGUGAGCAGGGAUGGGCUUGAGGGCAAAGAAUCUUCUCUAUUUUUUCACUAUGUUCGGAUACUGGAUUUGGUGAAGUUAAUAAUGUCCAGAUGAUAGCAUGAUAGAAAUUAGCUCAAGUUUCAGAAAGGGAUGGGCUUGAAGGCGAAAAGUAGUUGUUAUCUUUGGUUUUGGGCUCUUUUCUCUUUAAAAAACUGUUCAUAUG